CUUAAGCUAAGUAGUCAAUCACCAUGAUUGCUAAACAGAUAAAAAUUGUAUUUCUAUUUCUAGAUUUUUCUAGCAUUAUUUAAGAUGAGGCAAACAAACAGCAAAACAAUGAACAAAAACACAAUUUGCCAGGUACAUUCAUAUAUCUACAUGAAAUCUUGGUUCUAUAUAGUCAGUUGAAAUCAUCAAGGGUUGUAGGCUGCAGCCAUUUGAGGUUUAUUUUUGCUAGCAGGACAUUCUGUUACAUGACUCCUCAUACCUGCUGGCCUUUAGCCAUAGAGAGGCCUGCUGAAUGGAGCCACUGGACUGUUGAUUAUUAACAUGUAAUUGGCCACGAGCCGCACUAUGCUCAAUGGGGUGAAACUAACCCCUUAACUCUCUCAGGUCCACUUAACUGCAGCGGUGACCUUUAACUCAUCGUUGAGCUAUGUAGUCAGUCAUUUUUUGUGUCAAAACUAAAGUCAAACAUCAAUUUAUGGGAGCAUACAGUAGGACAGUGGUAAUGCAAGCGGAGGAGAUGGUGGAAAAGGGCGAUGCGUUUGGCUGUUUGCUUUACUGUGAGCUCCUUGUGCUGCAGUUCCUACAUAAAGCAAAUGUUUUGCACCACAGAUUGCAAGAAAAAGUAGUUGUUUUGUUGUCUAGCUGAGUAAAAUAAGGCAGCACGCUCUACAUAUUGAGCCACAGCACUCUGCAGACAUUUAUCUACCAUAAAAAAAAAAAAAACUUAAUUCAGUAAGUGAAAGGAAAUGGCUCUCAUCACUGGAACUAAGAGACAUACUGGAACAAACAACAAGCAUUAGUGUUUGCUUUGUGUAGAAGCCAAACACAUAAUAACAAGUCAGGAGGGAGACCAACCGGUUAAAGCUGCUAUUCUAAUAAGAAGCAAACAUCCACUCUGCUCGGGUGCCUUUGAGCAAGUCACUCAGUGUAGCAGUUAUGAUGAGGUAAAAGGGGGUGGAUGUAUGUCCAGUAUUGACUUCAAGCUGCAGGCAAGAGUUUAAAAAGAGCAUUAAUUUGGCACCAUCAUGUGCCUGGGGUGGUGUGCAGAGGGUCACUUCAUGCUACAGCUGAGCAUGCACUACAGUGACCACUAUCCGGAAGUGGUGUCACGUCGCAUUCUGUUGUUGAGACUCUCUAGGGACCCCUCCUUGGGAGCUGGUAUAUAAAACGACUGACCCGCCCCUCCCGGACAAAUGAGAUCCAGCCCGGCCCGACGCGCCUGUGCUGCGCUUCAUGGAUGCUUCAGCAGCUCAGCAUCCUCAGCCCUGCCCAGCUUUGCGGAAUUAACACUGUGACACGGACAAAUCUGACCGCUCUCUCCUCUUCAGACUACCACACACCACAUUAACCAGAGUGCUGUGAGAGCUACCAUGGCGAACAGAGGGCCCAGCUAUGGACUGAGCCGAGAGGUGCAGGAGAAGAUCGAGCAGAAGUACGACCCAGACCUGGAGCAGCGGCUGGUGGACUGGAUACUUGCACAGUGUGGAGGGAACCUGGAGAAGCCGCAGGCGGGCAGAGAGAACUUCCAGAAAUGGCUGAUGGAUGGAACAGUCCUCUGCAGGCUUAUCAACAGCCUGUAUCCGAGGGGAAAGGAGCCUAUCAAGAAGAUCCCAGAGACGCAGAUGGCCUUCAAACAAAUGGAGAAGAUCUCUCAGUUCCUGCAGGCAGCUGAAGCUUAUGGAGUCACAACCACUGACAUAUUUCAAACUGUGGACCUGUGGGAAGGAAAGGACAUGGCAGCAGUGCAAAGAACUCUUAUGGCUCUGGGGAGUGUGGCUGUCACCAAGGACGAUGGUCAUUACAGAGGUGACCGAGACUGGUUCCACAGGAAAGCCCAGGGGUAUCGGCGAGAGUUCAGCCAGGAGCAGCUCCGCCAAGGCCAGAGUUUGAUCGGCCUGCAGAUGGGCAGCAACCGCGGGGCUUCCCAAUCUGGUAUGACGGGCUACGGUAUGCACCGUCAGAUCAUGUAGGGCACUUACUAGCUAACCUGCUUCCCUGCUUCCAGACCUUAUUUUCUACUACUACUACCACGGAAAGUUGUAGCCCCAAAACCUUCAUAUCCUUUGUAGCACCUGCCAUGUUAACCUCAAUUUUCCUGGAAUUGCUGCUUCCCCGAACAGAGUGUUCUGUCUUUAAAAGAUGAUGUCAAAUGCUGUAGAUCUCUUCCUCCAAGCUCUCCACCUGUCCCUCUCUUCCCCUUUGUCAUGUGCUGUUCUUCCUGUAGCAUUGUUUAUUUUCCAUGUCUAAAAGAUUACUUAAUGUGGAACUCAACGUCAUGUCAUUCAACGUCAGUUUUCAUCAUCAGUGUUAUACACAUUUUAAAUCUGAAACACUGUAAGCCACUGUUACAGCAUGCUGUAUAUAUUUAUUUGUAUUUAUGUAAACAUUUAUUUACAUUUCUCAUUGGUCAUUGUUUUAGGAUGAUCUGUUAAUUAUUUUGCCUUAAACCUAAUGGAACUCAGUGGCGAUGUCUCUGCUAUCUCGUCUGAAGACAUGUUGCAGUAUCCUCUGUAACCAAAUCAACCUCACGUUGUGCCUGGUUAUGGGACUACAGAGACCGGGUCCUGAUAUGUUGGCCCCAAAUUCUUAAUGAGUUUCAUUCAUUCUGAGCCAUGCCCUUGUUAUUUGUUUGUUAGAUUAUGUCUUUGCCCACAAUGUGGCCAUUUUGUGUCCAUGCAAGUAUAUGUGCAGCAGCCAACAUGUAUGACAGUGACGUUUCCAUUUCUGGUGCCACGUAAAGACUUUGCUUGAAUGUGCACUUUUAUGUAUUGUCAUGUUUAUAUUUUUAAAUAUAUUUAUAUCUGGGGGCUUGUGAGAAGAAGUAUUGAAAAAAUAAAGUAUG